AUGGCUGCUACUAACACAAUGUCAAAUACUAAUAAUAAUGUAUUAGUGAAAACACAACGGGAUACACGAAUUAAAUUAAGGGAUGUUAAUGAUCAUUUAACAUGUUUUAUUUGUAAGGGAUAUUAUAUUGAUGCAACGACAAUUGUUGAAUGUCUACAUUCAUUUUGUCGAAGUUGUAUCAUAAAACGAUUACAAUUUAAAAGUUAUUGCCCGGUUUGUGAAAUGAUGAUCAACAAAGCGAAACCAAAUAUCAAACCUGAUAAAACUUUACAAGAUAUUGUAUAUAAAUUAGUGCCCGGCUUACAUCGUGAUGAAAUGCGACGUCGACGACAAUUUUAUAAUAAUUUAAAUGAAAAUAAAAGUUCAGCAGCAGCAAUACAAACUCUAAAUGAUAUCACACCAGAACAACGUGGAGAAGAUAACGAACGUGUUAUAUACAAUGCAACAGACCCAAUCAGUUUAUCAUUAGAGUAUUGUUCAACAGAAUGUGAUUUAUUUAUGACAAAUAAUAAUAACUUAAUAACAAAACCCAAUAAUACCAAUAUAACAAAAUUAAAAACAAUAACCUCGGAUUACGACGAUGAUUGUAAUAAAGAAACCAACAAUAAUAUCAACAAUACAACACCAGCAACAAUAAAAAAUGGUAAAGUUAUAAACAAUGGUAUCACCACAACAAUAGAUAAUAAUAAUCAUUGUCAUAACGACCAUAACAAUAUCGAUGCUGUGAAAACAAAGAAGGAUGUAAAGAAUGAUGAUAACAAUGAGACAACAAUGGUAUUAAAUGGAAAUAUAAUACCACAGACACGAUAUUUACAAUGCCCUGCUGGUGUUUCGGUGCGUUUGCUAAAAAAAUUUUUAAUUGGAAAAUUCGAUAUUAAUAUUCAUCAAUAUCAUAUUGACAUUCUCUACAAACGGGUUCCCCUUCCAGAUGAAUACAAAUUAAUGGAUAUCGCAUAUAUUUAUUCAUGGAAAAGGAACGAACCAAUGAGAAUAUUCUAUCGUGUAAUGGACAUAAAAUAUGCGAUGAAUCGUUUCGACUUCUUCAAUCCAUCAUCCAUUUGCGCGGAACCAAUCAAAAAACCAACUAAAAUCGAUACAACAUCUCCUAUACGGGACAUCAAAACAUCACCAACUUCACCAAAAACAUCAUCUAGUGCAACAAUUACAGUGAAAAGUGAACCAAAUAUGAUAAAUGAAAAUAAUAUAAAAUGUGAAAAAUCAAUAAGUGAUACUGUUCAAGUGAAAAUUGAAAAUAUUGAUGAAAAUUGUGAUAAUAAUAAUGAAAAUUUAAUGACAACCACAAAAAAUAUUAAAAUUAAAAAAGAAAUUUGUGAUGAAACGACUGUAACAACACCUCCUUUGUCACCAGUAACGAAGAAAAAUGUGAAUUGUGAUAGUGAAAAAUCAAAAGAAAAUGUUUUGAAAGAAAAACCAGAAGAAGUGGAAAACCAAAACAAGAAAGUGAAAAACAAUGAAAAUAAAUUAAAGUUAUGUGAAAAUAAACAACAAAAUCAACAACCAAAAAUAACAUCAUCGCCACUAAGUUCAAUUUUAAAUGCAAAUAAUGCGACAUCAUCGACAUCUCCAACGCAACCACCAAAAAUUGUUAUUGACGAAGAAAAUGAACGUGAAAAAUCAAUUUUCUUAAAUACAUUUCAACUUACAUCAACGAAAAGUUUAUCCCCAAAUCAAUUAAAUAAAAAAUCCUUAUCGCCUUCAUCUAUUACCAUUCCACAUAUUUUACCCGCCAGUACGACCAAACAUAAAACAUCCCCGAAAAAAGUAUCACCUAAAUCGUCCUCAACUCCUGCUACCAAACCUACACCUAAACAAAAACAACAACAACAAACUUUACUGCCAGUACCUAAUGGUUUUAAACCUACUACCACUUCAACCCCAGGCGGUCCACAACCUGAAGUGCGAACGAAACGGAAAUAUACAUUUAAAACACGUCCUAUGGGCAAAAAAGCUCGAUUAGAACUUGAACGUCAACAGGCACUAAUUGCUGCAACUCAAGGUCCUUCAAAAAAUACUAAUUUAAAUAUUACUACCAAACCAUCACCAACAGCCAAUAAAAAUGUAGUUAAUAAAGUGAUAAAUGGUUUUAAAUCAGCAUUGACAACCUCUUCAACAACACCGGGAGCAUCAUCCCCACGUGUUGGCGAUAAACGUAAAAUAGUUUCCUUUAAUUUACCUGCUAGUAGUAGCAAUAGUGGAAAUCAGCAUCCAGUACCUGAAAAACGUGCAAAUUAUAAUAAUACUAAUACCUCAAAAUUAUCCGAAACGAAUUCCUUAAAAUCAUUGUUCGAUAACUGCAAUCUCAAUAUACCAAGCUCAUUAUCGAUUACCUUAACAGAAGGGCCAAAUGAUCGAGAAAUAGCAUCGCAACAAAUGAUAACUAGUCCAAUUGAGUUAAAUAAUACAUCGCCAAUGAUGAAUUCAGGUUCACGAUCACCAGCUAGUUCAACUUCUUCCAAUGCUUCUUCAAAUGGCACAAAUAAUUCUCAGCCGGCCAACUUUGGUGGUAAACGUCAAAGUCCGCCUGUAAAUAUGUACAUUGAAAUAUUUAAAAUACCUGAUAAAGUUGAGCCAACACAUCAAACUCCACCUGUACCUUCAAAUCCAUCUACACAGGAACAAAAGCAAUCGAAAAUUCCUGCAACCAUCUCAAGGAAAGUACCUAAUAUGAGUAAGGAAAAAGGAUCGCCUCCUGCUUCUCUUAGUACUACUACAACUUCGACAACUCCAAGUACUAAAACGCCUCCAACACCAACUACUCCCUCAACUGCUUCUUCAAACACUUCUGCCUCCAGUGCGAAUAAUUCAGCAGCGGCGAAACAACAAAAUAUACAUAAAGUUACUUCUUUAUCGACUACGAAUUUUGUUGUACAUACAACAGGUAUACAAAGUUUGGGUCGAAAAGAUGCCGCUGCUUCCAAAACAUCUUCUACGUUGCCCACGCCAAACGGUGGACAACAGUUAGGACGUAAAAUUCUCCCAAAACUAACACCGAAUUCUUCAACAAAUGGCAGUUUUAUACCAAAGUUAGCAGAGUCGUCAAAAUCUGCAACUGGAUUCCAGAAAAUGUUUGAAGAAGCAAUUAAAAGAAAAGAGCAAGCUAAAGCCGCACAAUCUCUGACAAAAGCAACGACUGGCUCACCUUCAACAACACCAUCUACAGGCAGUCAACAAACUAUAAACAGAAAAAAAGAAUUAAAUAAAAGUUCAACGUCGACAACUGUAACUGGCAAUGGACCUGAGGAAAAAGUGCAAUCAAAUAUCGUUUUGGAUUUAUCAAGUCCGAAUAAUCGAAGUAAACCAAAUAUGGUGCCAAAAACUUCGCCUAUGGUUUCCGGAAAUAAAUCACCAUUAUCAUCACCUUUAUCCAUUCAAACAAAUUCUCAUCCACCUCCAAGAUUAACAAUGCCAAAAAAUAAUAAGAAAAUUACCACAAAUCCACAAUCGAAUUUAAUAUCCAGUACCGAAUCGGGAUCAUCAAACUCACCCAAAGGUCGUUGUGGUACACCAUUACCAGCGUUAAGUGUUAGUGUUGUACCCAGUAACAAUAACACAAGUCCAGCACCACCACCCACGACAGCGCUUAGUCCCACAACGAUUCAACAACAAUUUAACUUAACUAAUUUAGCACAAUUACAACAAGUCAUGUUAUUACGUCAAAUUGGAUUACGUAAUCAGUUGUUACAACAAAAGCAACACCAGACAAAUAUGAAUUCAACGUCAUCCCCUUCGGGUGGAAGUGGGAGUUCUCCAUCUUCAUCAUCUUCAAUUCCUAAUGGGGAAACGCUAAUGCAAUUUGAAAACUAUAUGAAAAGCUUACAACAACAAGCCGCUUUAGCGUCAGCUGCAGCAGCCGCAGCGGCCGCGCAACAGAGUGUAACGCAAAAUAAAAAAUAGCAUAAAAGUGUAAAAAAUCUAUUAAAAUGUAAAUAAAUUAUUAAAAAAAAAAAAUAAA